AUGGAUCUCUCAAAAUUAUACCUGAAUGUAUACAACACGAGUCAAGGAUUCCUAUGGAUGCGAGUACUUGUCUCCAUUUUAUGGUUCCUUUUACUCCGUCUCUUUCGUCCCAACAAUUCCUGGACACUGCAAGAAGUGUACUACAUCUACAUUCCAUAUGCGCACCGUGGGCAGUCCUUGGCGUGGCUAGAAGUGAUGCACGCGGCUUUCGGUCUUGCCGGAGGCGGUGUCGCAACAGCAUUUGUGCAGUGCUUGGGCAGGUACGUCGUUCUUGUUUACGUCGUUGAGCCCAUUGCCUUCAUGCACUCAGCUUGGGUGACGACAAUCAUGCUUUUCGCUUGGGCUCUGGCUGAUGUUGUCCGCUACCUGUUCUACAUCCAAUCUUAUCUGAGUCGUCCAUGGCAAACUGUGCUAUGGUUGCGUUAUUCUCUGUUUUUAAUUCUGUAUCCCAUCGGUAUUGUGUGUGAAUGGCUUAUCUACUACUUCACGCUUGAGUAUGUAGACAGCCAAGAGCUCUUCGCCGUCAGAUUGCCCAACGCAUGGAAUUUUGCAUUUGACUUUGGGAUCUGGAAUCGAAUUGUUUUGCUGAUGUAUUUGUAUUUUGGGGUAUUUAUGUUCACGCACAUGGUGCAACAACGAAAGAAGAAGCUUCCUGCCGUUCGCUAG